AUGGCUGCAAGAGUCGCGGCUUUAUCUUGUUCUUUCCGAUGCCAAAGCGCGCAAGUCGUAUUGGGUCGGCCGCACUUUCAAAGUUAGCUGCGCAUAAAAACCGAUCGAACUUCAUAUUGGAUAGAUAUGGCCUUCAGAAGUUUAAACGUCUUCUGGACCAGGAGAAGCUCUAAAAGCUUGAUUUUUCAAAAAAAGAAUCGAUCUUAGUGAUAAUUUUUAAAAACUUCGGACACUAAAAAAAAGUUUCCGGCUGAAAAUUCGAUGGAUGAAAAGGUACUUUUGGACACCUUAAUUUCAAACAAGUCGAUUAAAGACCUUCUAAUUGGAGUUAUAAAGCCUCAAAGGUUAAUUCCUACCAUUUCAGUGAGGAGAAAAAAAGAAGUUAUAUGCUGACAAAAUGUAUAUUUUUCAGACCGGUUUGAAAUCAGGGUGUUCUAAAGUACCUCUUAGCAAAGUUUCAUCUAUUUCUUAACCGGAAAAUGAUGAAAAAUUGUUCAGAAGUAUCUCUUUUGAGACGUUUCAAGCAUUCAAAGACGGAGAGCUUGACAAACGGAAGAAACAGAAAAAAUGGCGACCUGAAGAAAAAAAAAGAGUGUUUCAGUAUAUUUGAGGCGUUCUAGCUUUAAGAAAAAGUGAAAGGCGCAGUUUUUUUUUGUAUGAAUUUGUAUCAUGAUCUCUUAAAGUACCUCUCGGAUCUUACGGAAUUUGAGCAACUGUUCGGAAGAAUCUAGUCUGAUUCAUUUCAAGCAUUUCGAAGACACUAAUUUUUAGAAAAGGACAAAAGAAUCGAAGUAACUUCAAAUCAUCAAACAACGAUGUAUCGAAAGGAAAAACAAUAAGACUAAACAUUUUUAUCAACACUGAACCCUUCAAAACGAUUAUGAUGAGCUAUGGACUUCACUGUCCCAAAAUUCCUAGUUUGAGUCAUUUCAACAAUUUCGCAAAAGUGAAAUUUGAGAUGGAGAAAUCGAAAAAAGGCUGUUUUCAAACGGUAAAAAUCUACUAAAAAGCAGAGUCAAAACUGCCAAAACAGGCUAUUUUUGGCCUAUGAGUCUUCCCUUCUCGAGAAUUGGGAGUUAAGCAUUUUGAGGCUAUCAGAAUCUUUUUUUGGUAGAUCUUUCAGGACCGAGAAGUGAAAUGAGGAACAGUUCGGAAAUGUCUAGUUUGAGUCGUUUCAAGCAUUUCAAAAACGUGUAUUUUAAGGUGGAAAAGUUGAAAAAAGUCUUUUUUCGUUUUCUAAGCGGUAAAAAUUAACUAAAAAACAGUCCCAAAACUGCUGAAACAGGCCAUUUUUGGCCUAGAGUCCUUACUUCUCGAAAACUAAGAGCUGAGCAGGUUGAGACUUUCAUAAUCUUCUUUUGGUAGAUCUUUCAAAACCAAAAAGCAAAGUAAGAAACAGUUCGGAAGUGUCUAGUUUGAGUCGUUUCAAGCAUUUCAAAAACGUGAAGUUUAAGGUGAAAAAGUUGAAAAAAGUCUUUUUUCGUUUUUCAAGCGGUAUAAAACUACAGAGAGCAGUACGGAAAACUGAUAAAACGGGCUAUUUUUGGCCUAUGAGUUCUAUUUCUCGAAAAGCAGGGAGUUGAGCAGGUUGAGACUUUCAUAAUCUUCUUUGGUACAUCAGGAAGUCAUCUGGUCAUUUUUGAGGACCGCAAAGCAAAGUAAGGAACUGUUCGGAAGUGUCUAGUUUGAGUCGUUUCAAGCAUUUCAAAAACGUGAAGUUUGAGGAGAAGGGGCGGAAAAAAGAGCGUUUUGAAGGGUCGCAUUGGGAAUUGGCAACACGACGGCGGCGGUGGCUGUGCCGCUGCUGCUGGUGGUAGUGGCAAAGGCAAGGGAAAGCCGACAUCCGGAAAGAAAACGGCGCCGCUGGAGGGAGAGGAAGGGAAGAGCCCCCGGCGAGGCUUUACACAGCGCCUUCUUUCGUCUUUUGCCACCGUCACACACACAGCCACAACCACCGCCAUCAGCAGCCGAGAGUUAAAACUGCUUUCCGGACAGGAAUCCUGA